GUAAAGGAAACAGGAGCAAAGAGACAUGAUUUUACUCCGAGCGCGUUGAGAGAACAAGUCUUUUCUUAUUGUGAAGAAGUUCAGUGAGAAUUCAAAAUGCAGCAUUUUGGGUGGAAGGAUGAGAAGGUGUCUUUUUCAGUACCUGUGACACCUACAGAAAGCAGCUCGGAAACUCCAACAGAGACCCUGCAAACUGUCUCUGUGAAACUGUUACCGGGGUCCACCCCGGGGCAAACCUCAAAAACAAAUAAGAAGACCUCGCCUAACUGCAAUGAGAGAAGUGCAGAAAGGAAGCAGGUCAGUGUGAAGCCGACCUCAAAACUCACUUGGACAAAAUGUAUAGAGGCCAAAGUGAACGAAGCGAAUAUAAAUUUACAAAACUCAUUGAGGAUCAUGUCAAUGAUGGUGGAAAGGAUCCAGACAACACUGUAUGGGCAAGAAAAGGAGACUGCAGCAGGGAAGGAGAUGGCCUCAAAUAGGCUUAAUAUGAAAACAGAUCAAACAAAGCCGGUCAGUAAGAGUCCAACCUCAAACCUCCCAGGGACAAAAUACAUGGAAUUCAGUAAUUGUGUGCCAUAUCCAUGUGUAUUCAGUUCCAAUGAGAUGAUGCCUGAGGGAAGCACAAAGAGUCCGAAUCCAACUGCCUCUGGGGGAACCAUAAACAUCAUGACUUCAAUUUAUACUCUGUUCUCUGACAUAGACUUUGACUCAAAACUGCUCCCUGGAGGGUUGCCUAAUUUUGGAAGCAACUGCUACAUUAAUGCAAGUCUGCAGUGUCUGUUUACCGCCGAGAGUUUCUGCAGAGAGCUGUCUGACCUGCUGGACAAUUCUACACACACACUGGAGGACUCAUUCCUCAGAUGUUUUGUGGAGUUGUCGAGGUUGAGAAACAGCUCUGAAGUUCAAGGUGACCGCAAGAAGGGUCUGCUCCUCCUGUUCCUGAUGAAAUCAGUUGCACACUACAACCCAGAAUUCACCAUCGACAUCCAGAAUGAUGCCCAUGAAUUCCUCUGCUACUGUCUGACCCAAAUGGAGGAGUCUGGGCGAAAGCUGGGUUGGCAAGAAGAUGUGAACCCUAGAUGUCCAGUCACGUCCAAUUUCAAGUUCAAGAUGAGGAACAUUAUAACCUGCUCCAGCUGUGGAUCCCAACAGAACAACAACGUGGAAGUGUUUAAUCACGUCUCUGUGCCCCUGAAGCACGACUCAGUGGACCAGUGCCUCUCUGACGUAGUUCAUAAGCGGACAUUGUUAGAGAGCAAGUGCAAGGUGUGUGGAGGAGACUCUGCCAGCUCCAGGUGGAUGUUCCACACUCUGCCCAGGUUUCUGAUUCUGCAGUUGAACAGGUUCAGGAUGACGAAACGUUACACAGUGCAAAAGGUGGAGACGCCAGUGGACAUCACACCUGAGCUGCAGAUAUACUGCUUUCCUCAGUCAGACACGCCCGGAAUAGAGAAUAGCAGAGCUGAGGCCAGAAAGACAGACAGAAAUGAACUGGGUGGAUCAACCUCUACCUAUCGACUGAUCAGUGUCCUCAACCACAUUGGAAGGACAGCAUGCUUUGGACAUUAUACGAGUGACUGUUCCAGUCACAAUUCUCACCAGUGGAAGAUCUAUGACGACCAUCUGGUUAGGCUGACCAGCGAGACGGACGUGUUAGAGAGGAGGUCGACCAGCGCCUAUGUGCUCCUCUAUGAGAGAGUGAGCACUGGCUGAAGCCCUUUCUCUUCUCCAGAAAGCUGCGUGAAGAUGGAGUUGUGGUGAGAGGUGUCAGAUUGAUGACCUCAGUGGUUCACAGUGUGCCUAAACGUCAGGGUGUGACCGACGUCCAGAUAACCGAUGAAGAUAUUCUUCUGACGCACAGCCAUAUGUGCAAAUUUUCUAAAUGUAUCUAUGCUUCAACCAAUCAGAAUCAUUCGACCUGACGUAAUGACUAGCUUAGCGAUUGUGUGAAAGUAUAAUUGUUGAUGUAAAGAGUGUGUACGCAGAGCGGCCUACGAACUCCUGGCUGAGUGUGAACAUGACCUCUGCUUGAUGAAACUGCAAACCAUUUUUCAAUAAAAUGUUCUUCAAUUGAUUGCAUCUCUUGA